AUGGAGACAUUUUCAUUUGCAACUUCCUCCUCUAUCAAGCUCAAGGUGAACGUUAAGAUCCACCAGCUAGAUGGCAACCAGAAGCCCCUACCCUACUCGGUGCUCCUCAAGAGACCAGACCUAAGACACCGUGCCUCCAUCGCAAAUCCCAACUCCGAGCUGUAUGCCACUGCCCAGAUAUGGGCCGACAGCAAGCCCCUUACCCUGCCUAUGCAAACAACCUACAAGGCCUUCAAGAGCGGCCGAAUAUGGAACGAGUGGCUGGAGCUACCCAUCGGCUACGACGACCUCCCCCUCACCUCACAAAUAGCUAUAACGAUAUGGGAUUUGUCUCCGACUGGUGGUGAAGGCGCAAAAGGGCAUUCUAUACCAUUUGGAGGGACUACUAUACCACUAUUUGAUGAGGACCACACUCUCCUCAAAGGACGACAAAGGUGUCGGUUACAUCGCCACAAGGCCGCAGACGGCUUGUCUUCGACCACAACUCCCUGGAUAAAGAAACCAUCUAGGAGGAGUCGGAAGGAUGUCAAGACCUCGGUUGAUGUGGUGGACGAGAAAGUCGCAGAGAUGGAGAGACUGGAGGCGCUGUUGAAGAAGCAGGAGAUGAACGAGCUUCCCACCAAUCACUGGUUAGACCAGAUGGUCUAUCGCAAGAUGAUGAAGCUCCGAAAAGACGUCUUAAAGAUCCCGCCAGCUACUCAGAAGGACAAACAAAUCUCAGACCAACCUAGUGAAUCAGUUGACGACGAACAAGAUGAAGAGCUGUUCUAUCUACAUAUCGAACUUCCGCGUUUUGACCAUCCCAUCGUCUUCGCCGACCAGGAGUAUCCGCCGCCCCCAGUAUCAAACCUGCAGUCAUCAAUGAUGUCUGAAGUUCGACUGAAACCUCCCCCCGAAGUAUCCUUUGGCCCUGGCAUCAAUGUGGACGGUAACGGCUACGGGGAUGCCUACGCUGGAAGACUGGUCCGGAUUUAUGACCCAGAAAUAGGUCUCAAUGAGAAUCCAGUGGAGGUCAAACACCGACGGCUAGUCCGCGGGCGAAAUGCUGGACUCGCAGACCGUGACAUGAAGCCGAACGCGCGGAUCAGAGAUGAAUUGAAUGCCAUCAUGAACUACGGGCCAACACACUCCUUGACUCUCUCGGAAAGGGAUCACCUCUGGACUUUCCGGUACUACUUGUGUCGAGAUAAGCGCGCCUUGACUAAGUUCGUCAAGUCGGUGUCUUGGCACGAACAACGAGAAGCCCAAAAUGCAGCCCCUAUGUUGGCGAAAUGGGCAGAAAUAGACGUCGAUGAUGCCCUAGAACUACUAGGACCCUCUUUCACUAGUCCUAUCGUCCGAGCAUAUGCCGUAGACCGUUUACGGAAAGCCGAUAACGAUGAGCUUCUCGUAUAUCUCCUGCAGCUUGUUCAGGCUCUCAAGUAUGAGACUGUAGCCCCCGAAAUGGCUGACAGUGAUCCAGCGCAGAGCUCCUCUCUAGCUCGUUUUCUGAUUUCCAGAGCAAAGGAUAGCCUGAUCCUAGGCAACUUCCUCCAUUGGUAUCUUAUGGUGGAAUGCGACGACCACAGUCCGGAACAAGGCCCAGAGUUCCGGAAAUUAUUCCACAAAGUCGAGUACGACUUCAUGGUCGAGCUAGAGAAGACAGAAGAUGGCCUCGCACGACGAAAGACUUUCCUCCGUCAAGCUGAGCUUAUUACUGUGCUGUCCAAAAUUUCGAAAGACGCCCGCUUUUCCCGGGAAGACCGGACUCGAAAGAUCGAGCGGCUAAAGAAGUACCUCGCGGAUCCAAAGAACGAUCUCCUUCAUAUUGAUCCGCCUCUUCCCUUGCCCCUAGACCCAUCCAUUCUCAUCACCGGCAUAUACCCAGACGACUGUAACGUCCUAAAAUCAAGUCUCUUCCCCCUUCAAUUAAACUUUCGCACCACCACCAAUACUAAAUACCCCAUCAUCUUCAAAACCGGCGACGACCUCCGUCAGGACCAACUCGUCGUCCAGAUCAUAACUCUAAUGGACCGCCUCCUCCGCAAAGAAAACCUCGACCUCAAACUCUCUCCGUACCGCAUCCUCGCCACCUCCACCUCUGCCGGCGCCGUCCAAUUUGUGCCCUCCCUCUCCCUCGCCGCCGCCAUCGCCAAGCACCGUGGUAUCCUCCCCUACCUCCGUGCCAACAACCCCGAUGACACCGCACCCCUCGGCGUCCGCAAGGAAGCUAUGGAUACUUAUAUCAAGUCCUGCGCCGGAUACUGUGUCAUCACUUACCUCCUCGGCGUCGGUGAUCGCCAUCUUGACAACCUCCUGCUCUCUCCCUCGGGCCACUUCUUCCACGUCGACUUCGGCUACAUCCUCGGCCGCGAUCCGAAGCCCUUCGCGCCUCUCAUGAAACUCAGCCACGAGAUGAUUGAUGGUAUGGGCGGGACCGGCCACGCGCAUUAUGCGCAGUUCAAGUCGUACUGCUUUACUGCAUACUCGACAUUACGGAAGCAGGCGAACUUGAUUCUAAAUCUGUUCGCCUUGAUGAGAGAAGCGAACAUCCCAGAUAUUAGGCUCGAGCCUGACAAGGCGGUGUGGAAAGUGCAGGAGAGAUUAGCGUUAGAUCUAACCGAGGAGGAGGCGAUGAGGUAUUUUGAGCGGUUGAUAGAGGAGAGUAGUAACGCGAUUAUGCCGGUGGUCAUUGAUCGUAUUCAUGGGCUUGUGCAGCACUUCAGGGCGUAGGUGGGAGUUUACUGCGGGAAGUUGUAAGAUAGGAGACAUAUUUGCAGCGGAAAGUUGUGAUGAACAUGGUGUAUAUGUUAAGAAAAAGAAUACAUAGCUGAAAAGUAAUUGGAGUCUUCAUACCGUAUGAAGACGGCAAAAACACUUCUCAUUUUGGGCCUGCAAGUUGUAGUUGCUUGUCCAGACUCCCUGUGUGUAUUUAACACGUAGAAGAUCGACAUUCAGACAACGCU